CUGUUAACAAUUUCGCAUAAUAAAAUUAUUGUCUGUGAUUACUGUUCGAUUCUCGAUUAUUCAUAAUGUUCAAAAUUCCCGCAAAGCGCUUCUCGCCGAACAAAACCGAACUCUCCGUGUAGGAUCCGAAUGCUUCCGAGGUUUUGGUGAGUUUUAGUGUCGUCUCAUUCAUACAACCAUUGUAUCGUUUCUAGUUAAUUUUAUAUUUGUAAUUCAAAGUGAAUAAUUUUACUUAUAGGUACUUAUACGUAUAUAUAGUACUAUUAAUAUAUUUAGAGAAUUAUAUUGAUACAUAUUAAGUUAAAUAAAAUGGUGCCUCAAAAGUGCCAACAUGUUAAUGUAAAUAUAUCUGAAUUAACUUUAACACCAUAUAUUACUGCGAGUUUAAUUAAUGAAAUCAUAAAAGGUUUGAUAUACCAAAAAUGCCAAAUUCCUUUUCCAUAUAGUUGGCUUAAAACAGUAGUCGAAAAGAAACGGAAAUGUAUUGAGGGGAACAUCAAGAAGAGAGUUAAUAUUACUUAUGAAAACCACUUCCGCAUGGUUUCAACAGCAUAUGAUACAAUCAAUUUAAUAAUGAAAGGAAUUACAAAGGAAUUGUCUGCAAGUGACAAUGUUUUGGAGAUUAUAAUAAUCUUUGGAUCAACUCCACAUUGUCCUAAAGAGAUCUUUACCCUCAAUGUGCCUUCAGUUGUUAAAGAACACAAUGAGAAGAACCAUAUAACGGAAUUAAAUAAAAAUCUACAAAAAGUAUUAAGGCAAAUAUUUUUAUCACAAUCCUGGAUGGACUCCAUAGAUUGUUCCGUUAGCUGUACAAAUACUUAUAUUUAUUUAAAAAAGAAGUCAACAACGAGUGACCAUAUUAAUAGUGAAAUAUUUGAAUUAUGUGAGCCAUUAGAAGUUUCACAAAAUGUGAGGUGUUCAGAUAUUAGUUUUAAUUGUAAGACAUCUGGAAGUAAAACUUGUUGUGAAGUGUAUAUUUCUAAAGAUUCUGAUAAUAAUAGUGAACCAAUUUUUAAAGAACCUAAUCCUAAUUGUGAACAGAUUGUAGAGACCCCUACUAACCUAAAUCAAAAAGUUACUUGGUGUCGCUCAAAAAACGUUUUUAAAGGAUUUAAAGAUAUUUUUGUUAAUAAAAUAUCAGUAUGUGAAUUGUGGUAGCUAAAUACUUUGUUACUUAGGAAAAUUUUUAAUUUGUUUUAUACUAAUAAAAUCUUUUACUUUUUUGACUGAUUAUGUUAAAAGGACACUAAGCAAUUAAUUAUACUUUUUGUUAGAAAUAUAUUAAUUUUGAUAGAUAUUGUAUAAGUAUUUUACAAAUGUUAUUAAAUGUAUUUCUAGUA